AUGGAUUCUUCAACCUCCACCAUUUACGUCGGCAACCUUGAUCAGAGGGUCACCGAUGCCAUGCUCCAAGAAAUUUUUGCCACCGUCGGCCCUGUUGUGAGCGUCAAAAUCGUUUCAGCUAGACGUCAAGGCUCUUAUUCCUAUGGCGGUGUCAACUAUGGUUUCGUCGAUUAUGCCGAUCCUCGUGUGGCAGAACAGGCCCUCAUGGCCAUGAAUGGUCGCAAAAUUUUCAACUAUGAAAUCAAGGUCAACUGGGCUCAGCAAGGCGGACCUGUAAAGGAGAACACCGCCGACCAUUUCCACGUAUUCGUUGGCGACUUGGCACCUGAAAUCACAAACGAAAUGCUCCAAAAAGCCUUUGCUGGUUUUGGUACCUUGUCUGAUGCUCAUGUGAUGUGGGACAGCGUAUCUGGCAAAUCGAGAGGAUUUGGAUUUGUUGCUUUCAGAGACAAAGCCGACGCGGAGCAAGCCAUUGCUACCAUGAAUGGUGAAUGGCUUGGAUCGCGCGCUAUUCGUUGCAAUUGGGCCACCCAGAAAGGUCAAACCGCUACUCCUCCACCCCAACCUGGUCAGCAGUUACCCUAUGAAGUGGCAGUUCAUCAAACCCCUGCCUAUGUAACGAGCGUUUAUGUCGGCAACCUUCCUCCUACCGCCACGCAAAACGAUAUUAUGGCUCCUUUCCAAAGAUUUGGCUUUGUUCAAGAAGUGAAGCUGCAAGUGGAUCGUGGUUUUGCCUUUGUCAAGAUGGAUACGCAUGAAAACGCAGCCAAUGCCAUUGUUCAAUUGCAAAAUAUGGAUGUUCAUGGACGACCUGCAAAGCUUUCGUGGGGUAAAGAUCGUCCUCCGGCCGGAUGGCACUCAUAUCCUCAACAGCACUGGAACAACGGACAUCAAUUGUAUGCUGGUCGCGUCAAUAACCGCCAUGACGAUUCCCGAUCCCAGUUAACGAACGGAAGUCCCUUCAUGUCAGCUGCUCCCAACUCUUUGGCUAGUCUUGAUCCUCACGCCGGAGGCACCCAAGCUGCGCAGUGGGGUCAACAACAACCGCUUUACGAUCAAUAUCAUGCUGGUGCAUCCAACGUCUAA